ACAUGUUUCAAAAGAGAGAGAGAGAGAGAGAGGUGGGAGGCAGAUUGAUACAUAAGAAGAGAUAGAGCAGAGGGAGAAGGCAACCAAGAGAUGUGUUAUGCAAACUAUGGGACCUAACUGCUGACUGGUAUACCAACUGGAGAGAGAGAGACUGACAAGCCUGGAGAGACUGACAGAGAGAGAGAGAGAGACUUACAAGACUGGAUAGACUGACAGAAAGAGAAAGAGACUGACAGAGAGAGAGAGAGACUGACAGAGAGAGAGAGACUGACAGAGAGAGAGAGAGACUGACAGAGAGAGAGGAGACUGACAAGACUGGAGAGACUGACAGAGAGAGAGAGAGACUGACAAGACUGGAGAGACUGACAGAGAGAGAGAGAGACUGACAGAGAGAGAGAGAGACUGACAAGACUGGAGAGACUGACAGAGAGAGAGAGAGACUGACAAGACUGGAGAGACUGACAGAGAGAGAGAGAGACUGACAAGACUGGAGAGACUGACAGAGAGAGAGACUGACAAGACUGGAGAGACUGACAGAGAGAGAGAGAGACUGACAAGACUGGAGAGACUGACAGAGAGAGAGACUGACAAGACUGGAGAGACUGACAGAGAGAGAGAGAGACUGACAAGACUGGAGAGACUGACAGAGAGAGAGAGAGACUGACAAGACUGGAGAGACUGACAGAGAGAGAGAGAGACUGACAGAGAGAGAGAGAGAGACUGACAAGACUGGAGAGACUGACAGAGAGAGAGAGAGACAGAGAGAGAGAUGCUGUGUGUGUUGAUGGUGCUGUGCUGGUCGUGGGGUGUGUUGGGGUACGGGCGCGGGGGGCAGAAAGACUCAUCGGGGGCAGGACUGUGCCCUUCUCCGUGUCAGUGUGAGGAGGAUGGUAUCUUUGUUCUGGCGGACUGUUCUGAACUGGGACUAUCAGCUGUACCUGACAACCUCAGCCACCUAACUACUUACCUGGAUCUUAGCAUGAACAGCAUCAGUGAGCUGCAACCCAGAGUCUUCCACAGCCUGCACCUGCUGACAGAACUGCGUAUCUCAGGGAACCGGUUAAGGUACAUCUCUGGCCUCGCUCUCCAUGGCCUACACAAUCUCAAAGUGUUGAUGCUUCAGAAUAAUCAGCUGGAAAGACUUCCCAAUGACAUUCCAUGGAAUCUACCCAACCUGCUGUCUCUGCGUCUGGAUGCUAACCUGUUAUCUGAGGUGCCUGCGCGGUCACUAGGUGGUCUUAGGUCUCUAAGACACCUGUGGUUGGAUGAUAACAGUUUAACAGAGAUCCCUGUCUCUGCUCUGGACUCUCUGCCGGCCCUACAAGCUAUGACCCUCGCUCUCAACCAUAUCACUCACAUACCUGACCAUGCAUUUAGCAACCUCUCAUCACUGGUCGUACUUCAUCUCCAUAACAACCAGAUCCAGACGAUGGGAGAGAGGUGUUUCCAAGGUUUGCUCAGUCUGGAGACACUGGAUCUGAACUACAAUGAUCUACCAGAGUUUCCUACAGCCAUCAGGACCCUGGCAAAGCUUCAGGAACUUGGGUUCCACCACAACAACAUCAGAGCGAUCCCUGAGAGAGCCUUCAUGGGAAACCGCCAGCUACAGACCAUUCACUUCUAUGAGAAUCCCAUCCAGUCUGUGGGAAGAUCCGCUUUCCAGUUUUUACCUAAGCUCCAUACACUCUCCCUAAACGGGGCGACCCAGAUACGAGAUUUCCCCGACCUGAAAGGAACCACCAGCCUGGAAACACUGACAUUGACCAGGGCUGGUCUCUCUACUCUUCCUCAGCGGUUGUGUCAGCAGCUACUCCGCCUCAGAGUACUCGAGCUGUCUCAUAAUCAGAUAGAGGAUCUUCCCAGCUUCUAUCACUGCUCUGCCCUGCAGGAAAUAGGCCUGCAGUAUAACCAAAUUAGGAGGAUUGAGAGGAAUACCUUCCAGCAGCUCAGCUCUCUACAGUCUCUAGAUCUCAGCUUCAACAGUAUUGAGUGGAUUCACCCUGAUGCCUUCAUUUCGUUCCAUUCUCUGACCAAGCUGGACCUGAGUGAGAACAGUCUGACAUCACUUCCUGUGGGUGGUCUGGGGGGACUGACCCAUCUGAAGCUGAAAGGAAACAUGGAGCUCUAUGAGGACUUCAGCCCUGAACUCUUCACCCGCAUGAGGGUGGUAGAGAUGCCGUAUGCGUACCAGUGCUGUGUCUAUGGGUCAUGUGACAGCUAUAAGCCCAUCAGCCAACCGGAGACUGAGCAGAGCAGUGAGGAGGAGGAGCUAGACCAGAGGACCGUCGCCCUAUACCCCAUCCACACCGACACACUCUAUGACCCAGACCUGGAGGAUCUGCAGAUGGAGAUACAGGAAUCUAAACUACAGACUAACAUCCAGUGCUCACCUGUACCAGGUCUGUUCCGGCCAUGUGACUCCCUGCUAGGCAGCUGGUUGGUCCGUGUGGGUCUGUGGUGCGUCUCCAUCGUGUCUCUACUUGGGAACUCUCUCUUGCUGCUGUCGCUCUUCGGUUCGGCGGGCUAUCUCUCCCCGUUGCGGUUCACCACCGCCUGCAUGGCCGCUGCCAACCUCCUGACCGGCGUAUGCACAUGCACGCUCGCCCUCGUGGACGCCCUCACGCUGGGAGAAUUUGGUCGCCACGGCGCCCGCUGGGAGUCGGGUCCCGGUUGCCAGGUGACGGGGUGGGUGUGGGUGUUUGCGUCCGAGGCGAGCGUGCUGCUGUUGACCCUGGCGGCCGUGCAGUGUGGCAUGAGCGUGACGUGCGCACGGGCCUACGGAAAGGCGCCCUCACACGGGAGCGUCCGUACGUGCGCGUUCUUCUGCCUCACCCUCUCUCUCACCCUGGCAUCCCUCCCUCUGGUCAAUGUGGGGGAGUACGGUUCCACCCCUCUCUGCCUGCCCUCCCCCUUGCAUCCCCCCUCCUCCCAUCCACCCUCCUCUCUAGGCUUCCCUCUCUCUCUGAUCAUGAUGAAUACACUGUGUCUGCUGAUAGUGACAGUCUCCUACAUCCGUCUGUACUGGGAGCUGCUGAGAAGAGAGUGCGAGGGGCUGUGGGACUGUAGCAUGAUCAAACACAUCACCUGGUUGAUCUUCAUCAACGGUCUCCUCUUCAUCCCAGUGGCCUUCCUGUCUCUCUGCUCCCUGCUGGGGCUGCUUUCUCUGGGGGAGGAGGUGCUGAAGUCUGUCCUGCUCCUUCUACAACCCCUCCCCUCCUGCCUCAACCCACUCCUCUUCCUCCUAUUCACCCGAGACCACACCCACUUCUUGUUCUGGCCACAUCCCAAGGCACGCCCCCAGUUAUACCGGGACCGCACGCUUGAAGACUCGCUGGUCUCUGUGGACACAGAGAAGAGCUUGUGUUCUGAUUUGUCGACGCAGGUGUCACUCGCCGAGGCUGACGCCCUCUACGGUGGAAGCCCCGCCCUCCAACCCCGGAUGGAUCCAAUCAGAUUAUCCCACUGCUCUUCUUCCUCCUCCUCCUCGGUUCCUCUGAUCCCGUGUCAGACACCUUCCCCCAGCCUGAGAGAAAGAGAGAGGGAAAGAGAUAUGGAGAGCGAGAGGGAGGCAGAGUGGUAAGGUAUGAACCACUAAACUACAAUGGGACACAAUCUCAGUUGUCAAGCACUGCUGGCUGGGACCCUACGAGACAUUAUAAACCAACACAUUCCCUACUGCCUCCCUCCUCUCUCCUUCCCUCCCUCUCUCUCCUUCCCUCCCUCUCUUUCCUCCCUCCUUCCUUCCCUCACUCUCUCUCUCCAUCCCUCCUUCCUUCCCUUCCUCUCCAUCCCUCCUUCCUUCCCUUCCUCUCCUUCCCUCCCUCCUCUCUCCUUCCCUCCCUCUCUCCUUCCUCUCUCCUUCCCUCCUCUCUCCUUCCUUCCCUCCCUCUCCUUCCUUCCCUCCCUCUCCUUCCCUCCCUCCUCUCUCCCUCCCUCCUCUCUCCUUCCCUCCUCUCUCCUUCCCUCCCUCUCUCUCUCUCCCUCUCUCUCCUCCCUCCCUCUCUUUUCCCUCUCUCUCUAUCCAUCCCUCACUCAUAAGGGGACCAUUACAGAAGACCAGCAGCAGGGGGCUUUUGAAAGUGCAUCAGUCCUGGAGAAAGCAUCAUCAUUAGUGUCAGCAUCCCUCCACACAGAGACAUCCUACAACAGUAUUGAAGAGUCUACUACUAAGUAUAUCACUAAGGCCUCAAUUCAAUCCAAUCUGCAUUAAGGUAUUUUCACAGUAGCUCUUUUUCCAAAGAUCAAAUGAACUCACAGACUGGUCUUGGGUACUGUAUAAAACCUACAACUCCUA